GGGCGGUGGCGCGGGUGGACUUGUUGGGGGUUUUCCUCUCAGCCCCCGCGAGCGGUGGCUCUUUUCUCGCGGCGUCUCCGCUGCCGCCCAGCCCCGGGGUGUUGGGCGUUUCACCGACGGGUGCGGGAGGAGCGCAGCGGACGGAGCUCGGUGACUUUCAUGGGUCUGUGCACUGACUUCAGGCUGUACAGGUCAGAGUCUGGACAAGUCACUGAAGAAGAUGCAGGCACAGUGAGAACUUCAGAAAAAUGAGCCAUGCAUCCUACUGAAAGCUGAGAAGUAGCCCUCUGUUAGGGUCAUGAACGUACGACAAGUCUUUGUGUCGCUACUGAUGUUUGGAGUAGCUGGUCUACUCCUCUUCAUGUAUCUGCAGGCCUGGACUGAAGAACAGAAUACAGUCUUCAAUUUGGAAACAGGAGUUAUUCAGUCUGGAGAAGAGGAGGCUCAGGGGAGACCUUAACUGCUCUCUACAACUCUUUGUGGCAAGGUGGGGUUCAGCCUCUUCCUCCAGUGUCUGGAGAAAAAUUGCAGGAACAGAUAACUAUUCAGGAUUUCAUGCUCCCACCUCCAGAGACACAGAGGAAAGCGACGCAGAGCGGGCAUAUUCCUCCUGGACUUGGUAGGCAGGAGGUGGCCAUCAUGAGCAGCCGGCAGUGGCAGGGUAAGGCGGACCCUUUUGGUGCAGUGGCUGUCUCCUUGGUGAGUGGACUGUCUGACCAGCAGAAGAUCAGCAAGCCACCCUUCAGCCAGUUCAAAGAGGUGUAUUUACCACCUGUGUUGCACCCUUUGAACAAGACUUUGGUUACGGGUGACCAGUGGAAAGAUGUCGAUAGCAUCCAGGAAAGGCGCAGGUCCUUCCUAUAUGAGUUCUGCAAGAAAUACAACAGCAUGAAGAAGUUGAGAACUCACCUGGUGCACAUAGUGUCAAGAAUUUAUGUGGAGGACAGGCACAAGGUCCUGUACUGCGAGGUGCCAAAAGUAGGCUGCUCCAAUUGGAAAAGGGUCCUCAUGGUGCUCAAUGGACUUGCCACUUCAGUUCGCAAUAUUUCCCAUGAUGAUGUGCACUAUGGAAAGCACCUAAGGAAACUGGACAGUUAUGACCUAAAAGGAAUAUACACACGUUUGAACACAUACACCAAGGCUAUAUUUGUACGUGAUCCUUUGGAAAGACUGGUAUCUGCCUUCAGGGAUAAGUUUGAACAUCCAAAUAGCUAUUACCAUCCAGUGUUUGGGAAGGCAAUAAUUAAGAAGUACAGACAUAAUGCAAAUAAGGAGGCAUUGGAAACAGGAUCAGGAGUUAAGUUCAAGGAGUUUAUCCAGUAUCUGUUAGAUUCCCAUCGUCCAGUAGGAAUGGACAUUCACUGGGAGCAAGUCAGUAAGCUCUGCUAUCCCUGCCUCAUCAACUAUGAUUUUAUAGGAAAGUUUGAAACUCUGGAAGAAGACGCCAAUUACUUUUUGCAGCUGGUAGGUGCUCCAGCUGAGCUAAAGUUUCCUAGAUUCAAAGACAGACAUUCCUCUGAUGAGAGAACAAGUGCAGAAGUAGUGAGGCAAUACUUAAAGGAAUUGUCGAAGGAGGAGAGGCAGCUGACCUACGACUUCUAUUACUUGGAUUAUUUAAUGUUCAAUUAUACAUCACCAACUGUAUAGCACCGGGAUAGCUUCAGGCUUCUAUUAGAUAUUUAUCAUGUUGGGAUUCAGAACAACUACUUUGAUACUACCCCUGAAAGGAGACAAAGUAGCUGCUAAGUGGAGCUGUGUUGACUUAGUGCAGGUGACAUAAAGUUAUAAGAAAAUGCACCAAAAAUGCAGUAAAAUGCCUGAAAAAGCUGCUUUUACCACUGUUGUGGAAGAGGUAGCUCAGCCAGAUGUUACAUUAGCUUACCUAAAGUUCUUUUAAUGGUUUAAGAAAAAAUCAUUCAGAGUAGCAUGAUUCCUUUUGGUGUGUCUGCUUCAUAAAUUUAUUUUGAAACUAUUUUUGAAUGUAUUUUUUACUUUCUGUCUCUUAUUAAUAAAGAAGCAUUGACUAAUUUUCUAAA